GUGUAGCAAGUAUAAAUAAAUGGUACAUAGAGGAGAAAUAGCACCAAUUUUUGGUGAGGUACACAAUGGAAGAGGAGUCAAAGGAGAAAAAGGACACUAAGGAAGAGCCACGGUACCGAGGAGUGCGGCGGCGGCCGUGGGGGAAGUUCGCCGCCGAGAUUCGGGACCCGGCUCGGCACGGUGCCCGGGUGUGGCUGGGGACAUUCCUCACGGCGGAGGAGGCAGCUAGGGCUUAUGACCGUGCUGCCUUUGAGAUGAGACGUGCUUCAGCCGUUCUCAAUUUUCCAAAUGAGUAUCCUUCAUGCUCUUCUAUGAACUCCUCUUCAUCUUUAGCACCUUCUUCUUCUACAACGGUUAAAAAUGAUCACGGUAAACAAGUUAUUGAGUUUGAGUGCUUGGAUGACCAAUUGUUAGAGGACCUUCUUGAUUGUGAUGACUAUGCCUACCAGAAAGACUUGCCUAAGAAAUGAACAUUAAUUUGGUGGUGAUGAUCAAAUUUGAAUGUUAGAUGAUUGAAUUCAUAGCAUACCUAUAUUGGUGGUGUGAAUGUGUUCACUAAUUAGUUAGUAUGUAUGGUUUGUAUGCUGAACUAGCUAGGAGUGAUAUGGUUCAACCUUUUUAGUUUGAUUGAUGUUACCUAAUAUAGGAAUGGAUUUUUUAUAAAAAAAAAAUAUAUAAAAAUAUCUUUAUCUUUCAUAGUUUUUUUCCCGUACUUUAUCUUUCUUAGUUUAGUGUUAUAGAUGUUUAUAGUUUAU